CCCAAGCCCACCCGGACACAGACAGACUACAGUUCGCGGACGUUAGUUACACAACUAAGCCGUAGACUACCGUUUAGUUCAAGUUGUGGCUGGGCUUGGUUGAUGUUAGACAGCUGCGCUAGUAUUGGGAUCCCUGGGGUUGAGGAGAUUCGGGCUUUGCGACAGCGACAUGCGACGGGCGAGCGUCAGGGCAGACCUGCAACAUGCAACAUGCAAUGUACUUGAUUCGAAAGCCGAUAUCUUACAACAUUGCGGGAUACACAGUUUGGACUUGCAUCCGGCUUCAUAAAGAAAAUUGGGAUAUUGUUGUGAAAGACAAGGAAGACGAAAAGAAAGAAUAUAAACAAAACAUACCAUCCCCAUUCAACACCCGACCACCAUCAACCACCAAAGCAGACUCGACCGCCACUCUAUCCAAACCAAUCCAACCAAGUCAUAUACAAGUACUGUACUACCCAACAAUCUACAACUACAACUACAAACAUCAAACAAUGCCGCCUCUCAACAUCGCCAUCAUCGGCGCCGGGCCAGCCGGAUGCACACUCGCCCGGCUCCUGCACGUCUUACCUCUCCAGGCAUCUCAAUCCUCCCAGGACCCCUCUCCUCCACAAACCUCCUCUGGACGAGAGGGCCCCAAUCUCCCCAAUUUCAGCCAAUCCAUAUCAUUCACCAUUUUCGAGUCCGACACACAUCCAAACUACCGCUCCCAGGGAGGCAGUCUCGACCUGCACACCAACACGGGCAUCGCCGCGCUGCGCGCAUGCGGGCUGUACGACGCAUUCCUUCAACACGCGCGGUAUGACGGCGAGGCGCUCCUGCUCUGCGAUAAGCAAGGGAAAGUGUAUCUCCAGCAUGGCCCGGGCAAGGCCAAUGGCCAGAGUGGCGGCGACGUACUUGGCGCAAAUAGUACGCAGACAGACCGUGCGGGAGCCAGGCCGGAAAUUGAUCGCGCCGAGCUGCGUAGGAUUUUGUAUGAGAGUUUGCCGGAGGGGUGUAUUAAGUGGGAUAGACGGCUUAUUGCUAUACUAGAUGAAAUGGAAGCGGAAGUGGGUGAAGUGGGUGAAGUGUCUGAAGCAUCCAGCGCAGUGUCCCCAGAAGAAAGGGGAGAAGGAGUAUCCUCAGAGGAUACAGAAAGCGGCAAAGAAGGAAAAGCAAAAGCAAAGAAAAGAAACUACGCAUUAAAAUUCAGAGACGGGCACGGCAACGAACAUGUCGAGCGCGGAUUCGAUCUGAUUGUCGGCGCGGAGGGGCUGUGGAGUAAAGUCCGAUCAUUCAUUGUUGCCCAAACUCAAACCCAUGCCCAUUCUUCUUCGGAGCACCAGAGACGACAUGAUCAACAGGAACCCGUUAUACCGCAAGAUACGAAACCAUACUACGCAGGCAUCAUCCGGACUGCGCUCUCCAUCCCGAACGCGCAAGUCACCGCGCCAGAGGUAUACAAGCUCGUCAACCGCGGCUCGGUAUUUGCUUAUUCGGACGGCCAAUCCCUCACGGCGCAGCAGCUGGGCGAUGGGAGCAUUAACGUGUAUGUGAGCAGUGUCCGGGAAGAUUUUGACUCGAGCCACUCCACGACCAAUGAACGCAGAAAUGAUAACAGCCAGAGUCAAGAUCAAGGAUCCAAAGGGUCAAGACGGGCCGACGACAACAACAACAACAACAACAACUUUCUCGACCCAACAAAAGGCCGCGCAGCCAAAGAAGCCUUACUCGCCGAAUACAAAGACUGGUCACCGGAUCUACUCAACUUUAUACACAAGGCCGACGACGCCGCCGUCGUGCCCGUCAAGGGUCUCUACGUGCUUCCUGUGGGAUUCAAGUGGGAGAAUGUGCCCGGAUUGACGCUGCUCGGCGACGCAGCACACGUGAUGCCGCCGUAUGCGGGCGAGGGCGUCAAUUUAGCAAUGGAAGAUGCGCUGAGCCUCGCCAAGAGGAUCGUUGAUGCUGUAAAGGGUACGGAUUCUUCGAGGGGGACGCGAGAACAUGAUGAGAGACAGGCGGAUAGAAAAGGAGAAGGAGAAGGGGAAGACGGGCAAGGGCAUGCGGAGAUGCUGGGUCGAUUGGACGGACAAGUCAAAGAUUACGAAGAGGACAUGUUUCGGCGAGCGUACAGGACGUCGGCCGUCUCGCAUGGCGCCAUGGAUGAUUUCUUCUUCACGCCGGGAGCGCCGAGGUCGACGAUUGAGCGGUGGAUCCUCAGGAUGCUUGGCUUUGCGCUGCAAAAUGAGUAUCCCUGGCUGUACUUUUUCCUGAGACCGGUCAUUUUUGCGGGUAGUUAUGAGCUUCGACGCUAA